GGAAGCGGAGACUGGAGAGUGUUCACUCCAGAUCUUGGGGGUCUUUGCGCCUCUCCCUGUCGAGUGUCUUCUCUACUUCUGAAGUAAGUGCAGUCUUUAACUGGGUAAAUCACCACAUACUCGCUCGGCACAUUUCCUCCAGGACGAGCCGACUCUCUGGAUGGGGAACCGCCGCUGCCGUGGCUGCAAGAUGAGGGCGCUGUGUUUGAACUUUGCCGUCACCUGUCUGUGGCUUCUCCCUUCAGCGGUGCAGGAAACCGCCAUGGUCGUGGACCUGCAGAGCCCACAGUGGCGCGAGGACGAUGGAGGAGGAGCGGGAGCUUCACUGAAGGUUAAGCACGUCUCCAAGGAGCUACAGGUCAUCUCCACCAAACACAAAACGCCUGCUUACGGCUCCCUCGGCCCGUACGGGUGGCCUCAGAACUUCUCCCAGGCGCUGGAUCAGUACCUGUACCGCCAGCCCAUCAAAAGCAAACCUCCCGCCAAAGCGUCCCCAAAGGCCAAGAAGAUUCUGGGCUGGGGUGAUUUCUACUUCAACGUGAAGACGGUGAAGUUCAGCCUCCUGGUGACGGGGAAGAUCGUGGACCACAUCAACGGCACGUUCAGCGUCUACUUCCGCCACAACUCCUCACGCCUGGGGAACAUAUCCGUCAGCAUCGUCCCCCCGUCCAAGACCGUGGGGUGGGACGUUCUGGACCCGGCCGCUCAGAGCGCGUACAUCAAAAACUCAGUACUGGUUCCGGACGCGACGUCCCAGUUCCAGAUCCCUCCCCAGUCCACCACGUCCGUCCUCCCUGAGCAGCACAAACAGCAGCAGCAGGACGCGGUGAUGGUGAACGAGCUCAACUGCCGGGUCGAGUACCAGAGAACCAACCGGUCCAAGAAGACCAAGCCCUGCAUGUACGACCCGGGCCAGACCUGCUACUCAGAAAACACCCAGUCCCAGGCUGCGUGGAUCUGCGCCAAACCCUUUAAGGUUAUAUGCAUCUUCAUCGCCUUCACCGGCGCCGAUUACAGGCUGGUGCAGAAAGUGUGCCCGGACCAUAACUUCCAGACGGAGCAGAACCAGCAGCACUUUGGAUGACGGAUUCUACCCAAUCUGACUCUUCAUUAAUGAGUGUCUGGCUGGUUUUAAACUAGGGUUGCGAUUGACUGCUUUUCUACAAUGUCCCCAUCACACUGAGUGCAUCUUCAACCACAUGGUGAAAUCUUUAAAGCAAAACAUGUUGAUGAUGCGUUUUGCAAUUGUGUUGCCUGAAACAUCCUUCAAAAUCUCCAAAGCCGUGACAUCACUCUCUGUGUAUCGUUUCAUUUUAAAUCCAGGAUUCACUGUUGGGAAAUUGUUUUUUUCUGGGGCUCGUCAAUAAAACAGAAUUGACACAUG